GGGGGAUGUUCGCCUACGCCCUCGCGCGUGGGGGGACUUCGAAUCGAGGUUGACCGAGCAGAGCUCCGAGACCAGCAAGCAAAGAGGAGUGGGAGAGCCCCGCCACCGCCCCGGGGCUCCGGAUCGCGGCCGGCGGCGCGUGGGGGUUUGCGCGCGAGGGACGAGGAUAAUGGUUUCUAUGCUCUGCUGCGCGUCUCGUCAAAUGCCGGACGACGCACAAGGGGCACAUACAUACUUGAACCCCGUACUGCUCAGCCUAGUCUCCCUUGCUCAUCUUUAUUUCCAUACGUGCAAAUCGAUUCAAGUUAGGAGACGCAGCAGCGUUGCCCAAGAACGAGAGAAAAGGGCCAGCGACCACAUCGCAGCCCCGGCGAGUAGGUGUCGCAUCGCACAUUACGGAGAAAGAGAGAGAGACAGAGACAGGAAAAGCAGCCGUCAUGGCUCACUCCAGGACGCAGAUCAGCUCCGGCUGGACCUUUAGGCAGCAGGACGGGCCGUCCGAGGAAUGGCUGCCCGUGUCGCAGGUGCCCAGCCAGAUUCACAUGGACCUGCUGGCCAACAACAAGAUCCCGGACCCCUACGUCGACCUCAACGAGCGCGCCGUCCAGUGGGUUGGCGAAAAGACGUGGGUGUACCGCGCCCCCUUUUCCGUGCCCGAGCUGGCGGCCGAAGACGCCACUGGCGGCGGCGGCGGCGGCGGCAGCGUCACGACGGACCUCGUCUUCGAGGGCCUCGACACCUUUGCCACCGUCUCGGUCAACGGCGUCGAGGUGCUCAAGACGGACAACAUGUUUGUCUCGUACCGCGUCGACGUCUCCGCGCACGUCAAGACGGGAGGCGGCAAUGCGCCCAACGUGCUCGAGAUCGUCUUCGACUCGGCGCUGCUCCGCGGCCGCAAGCUCGUGGAGCGCCACGGCCACGAGCACGACUUCCUGGUGCGGCAGACCGAGGCCGGCCGCGUGCCCGUCCGCAAGGCCCAGUACAACUGGGGCUGGGACUGGGGCCCCAUCCUCAUGACCGCGGGGCCCUGGAAGCCCGUCUGGAUCGAGCGCUACGUCGCCCGCGUCGACGACGUCUGGGCCGAGAACGAGGUCGCCGAGGAUUUGUCGUCGUGCGCCGGCACCAUUCACGUCACGCUGGGGGGCGCCGUCGAAAGGGGUGACCGUGUCGUCGUCUCCUUGUCCCACCAGGAGGAGGAGGACGACGACAAGGCGGCGGCGGUGGUGGUCCUGGAGGAGACGGUCGACGCCGUCACCGACGACAAGGGCCGCGUCUCGGUCCCCUUCCUGCUCAGCAACCCGCGACUCUGGUACCCCCUCAACUACGGCGCCCAGGCGCGAUACCGACUCCGGGCGACGCUCGUGCGAGGCGGCCGGGUCCUCGGGGCGCAGAGCAAGCUCAUCGGCUUCCGGCGCACGCAGCUCGUGCAAGAGGCCGACGCGCACGGCAAGUCCUUCUACUUCCGCAUCAACAACGUCGACGUCUUCGCGGGCGGGUCGUGCUGGAUCCCGGCCGACAGCUACCUCGCGGCCGUGACGCCGCGGCGGUACCGCGACUGGGUGCGCCUCGCCGCCGAGGGGAACCAGGUGAUGCUGCGCGUCUGGGGCGGCGGCGUCUACGAGCACGACGCCCUCGUCGACGCCUGCGACGAGCUCGGCGUCCUGCUCUGGCACGACUUCCAGUUCGCCUGCGCCAGCUACCCGGCCUACCCGUCCUUCCUCGCCAGCGUCGAGCGCGAGGCCCGCCAGCACGUCCGCCGCCUGCGCAGCCACCCGUCCAUGGUCGUCUGGGCCGGCAACAACGAGGACUACCAGGUCCAGGAGCGCUACCGCCUCGACUACGACUUUGACGACAAGGACCCCGAGAGCUGGCUCAAGUCGUCCUUUCCCGCCCGCUACCUCUACGAGCACCUCCUCCCCAAGGUCGUGGCCGAGGAGGAUCCGCACAUGCUCUACCACCCGAGCAGCCCCUGGGGCCACGGGAAGCCGACGGCGGACCCGACCGUUGGCGACAUUCACCAGUGGAAUCUUUGGCACGGCACCAUUAGCAAGUACCAAGAGGCCUCCCUCCUCGGCGGCCGCUUCGUCAGCGAGUUCGGCAUGGAGGCCUACCCGCACCUCGAGACGGUCGCGCGCAUGGCCUCGUCGCCCGCCUCGCAGCUCCGCCCGGGCUCCAUGGUGCUCGACUUCCACAACAAGGGCAUCGGCCACGAGCGCCGCAUGAUGACGUACGUGGUCGAGAACUUUGCCCCCGGCGACGUCUCGGACCUGGCCCGCUACGUCCACCUCACCCAGGUCGCCCAGGCCGAGACGAUGCGCGCCGCCUACAAGGCCUGGCGCCGCGACUGGGGGACGCCCUUUUCUCCCUCCUCCUCCAACACCAACACCAACACCAACAACAACAACAACAACGACAACAACGACAACAACGACAACGGCAAGGGCAAGGAGGAGGACAGCAACACCGGGAGGAAGAUCCAGGGUCGCAAGUGCGGCGGCGUCCUCGUCUGGCAGCUCAACGACUGCUGGCCCACCAUGUCGUGGGCCGUCGUCGACUACCACCUCGUCCCCAAGCCCGCCUGGCACGCCAUCCGCCGCGCCCUGCAGCCCCUCGACGUCGGCGUCUCGCGCACCUACCACGACUGGACCCAGACGGGCUACUACAUCGACGAGAACUCGCGCCUCUGCACCGGCCAGGUCGACCAGACCCUGCCCGCCCGCCCCGGCGCCUCCGCCUUCGACGUCUGGGUCGUCAGCGCCCGCGUCCGCCCCGUCGCCGUCCGCGUCGCCGUCCGCCUCGUCUCUGUCCGCACCGGCAGGGACGUGGCCGCCCCGCGCGAGACGGACCUCGAGGUCGCCGCCAACGCCACCACCGACGUGCUCGUGGCCGUGCCGCUGCCCGCCGCCGCCCCCGGCGCCGAGGACCCGAACCGGCGCUUCGACGUGGACGCCUAUGACCCUUGCGUCGUGUACGCCUCGCUGUCUGUCGACGGUCAAGUCGUCGCUACUGACGCCGCCUGGCCCGACCCCAUCAAGUUCCUCGACAUGGCCGACCGCGGCGUUGCCUUCCAAGUCGCCCCGGCCGGCGACGAGGUCAUUGUUACCGCCCAGCGGCCCGUCAAGUCCUUUGUCUUCGAGGAGGCCGAGAACCUAAGAGUGAGCGACAAUGGCUUCGACAUCAUGCCCGGCGACAAGCACGUCAUCAAGGUGCAGGGCGUCAUCAAGGCCGACAAGCUGAGGUGGACCUACAUCGGCGCCCCAGCUGCGUCUAUGGAGAUCUCGUGAUGUAGACUAGACACGAAUGAUGCACAUGGCAAUCGCUGAAAUUCUUUUCUCAACCUUUCCACUAUGCACAUGACCGCGCCUGCAGCUCAGAUAGAGAGACCCCUGGUAAUCGAUAAUGCGUUGGACAAUUUUUGGCCGCCCCGUUGAUAUCGUAUACAGUAGUAGUAACACAUCGCAUCCGUCCCACCCAGACUCCAAGCUAUGGCAAUCUUCAUCGGCUAUCUCGCCUGCCCCUCUUCAUCGGAGGUGGCGACCUGGACCUGCUUUCACUGUACUGCCUCCUCCGCUUUGCCGGCACCGGGCUUGGCGUCAACGAGGGCUUCCUUCCCGGAGCGUCCCGCGAUUCUGAGCCG